AUGGAAGAUUCUGGUGAUGAUGAUGGAACAAACCAGUUCACUCAAAUGACAAAAACACAACUGGUGGAUUAUCUUGGAGCAAGAGGACUGAGCACCACAGGAACAAAACUUGCUCUCAUAGGUCGGGCCUUUGUGGCGUGGGAAACUGGCGUGACGGUAAAGUCUUCAACAGAAACGUUUCAAAAUCAGUUGAAAGAAGACUACAAGACAACCCUCAAGAAAUUUAGUAUUCCAGACCCAGUUUCAUUGCCUCCUGAUAGUUGGUCUGAAAAAGUUACGAAAUGGCCACCGGUGGACAUGGGAAAAAUCUUCAUGUACCUUCUUAGUACAAGUGAGUACAACAGAGACUAUAUAGGGAAGUACAAGACACAAAAGGCCUAUUCCUAUUUUGCCAGUAAGUUUGUUGGUACCAUUCUGUGGGCACAAGUGCCAGAUGACUGCGACAGAUGUUUCCUGACAUCGGAGGUAACACCGUCACAAAGCGUCAGAGGUGACACCCACAAACAGUGGAUCUUGUUGCGAAACACAGGAGAAAUCCUGACGUCGAUGUGCAGCUGCACUGCUGGCAUGUGCAGUACAUGCAACCACGUUAUUGCUGUGCUGUACAAAGUGGAGUUCGCUAUCAGUAACCAUCUGAACUCUGAAUCCUGCACAGAGACAAGCUGUGCGUGGAAUAAAUGUACUAAGAAAACUGUUGAGCCGAAAAGAGUCGAGGAAAUGGAACUGAAGCAGCGUACAUCGCUUUCUCUUGUUACCUGA